AUGUCAGAUGAGUUUAAGACGGGCUUGGAUGCGGAUAGAAAAGAAGGAAGUGUGAAGAGAAGGACGCUGUCUAUGAAGAUGGAUGAUAAGGGAGUUAGGAUGAAUCCGCACUACAAGAGGAACGAGGAAGUGUCUGUGAUGGGCAAAAGCGUUGAAAGCGAAGGAGCAAGCGGGAUGCUGAGGCAAGCAAUAGAUAGAGGAGAUUUGUCGUAUAUAAGUGAGUUUUUAGCAAAUAAGAACAGGAAGGAGAUGAUGGAGAGGCUGUCUGGAAGUAGCAAGGAGGCUCUUGGAGUGCUGCUGCUUGAGUUUGUUGAUCAGCCGCUGCGCAGCGAGGCGCUUGAGAUGAUCAGAGAGAUGGUUUCAAGCAUCAAGGAUGUGGAGAUGUUCAUAAAGAAGCUGAAGAGUAGGAUGUGUGACUUUUCGAAGCUGAUAUACCUGAAAGGAAAGAUAGAUUACCUGAGGUUUACUAGCAUGGCUGAGGAGGAAGAUGAGCCUGAAGCAGUUGUUUCAGGAUGA